GAGGGGCCAGGACGCCGGUUACUCCGGGACUGGGCGUGAAGCACCGAGCCCCGCUACCGGCGCUGCGAGGUUCGCGACCUCGCGGGGACCCUCAUCCCAUCCCUGCUCACCCAGCCACACACGGACCAUGAACGUGCUGGCUCCGGUCCGCAGGGACAGGGUCAUCGCCGACCUGCCCCCGUGUUUUCGGAAGGAGGCCGCCCUGCACACCCGCCCCGCCUUCCACCCCACGGUGGCCAGCGCCUGCCAGGAGCAGCGGACGGGCACUGUGGGGUUCAAGAUCUCCAAGAUCAUCGUGGUGGGUGACCUCUCGGUGGGGAAGACCUGCCUGAUCAACCGGUUUUGCAAGGACACUUUUGAUAAGAACUACAAGGCGACCAUCGGGGUGGAUUUCGAGAUGGAGCGGUUUGAGGUGCUGGGUGUGCCCUUCAGCUUGCAGCUGUGGGACACGGCCGGCCAGGAACGUUUCAAGUGCAUCGCCUCCACCUACUACCGGGGAGCACAGGCCAUCGUGAUUGUCUUCGAUGUCAACGAUGUGGGGUCCCUGGAGCAUACACGGCAGUGGCUGGCUGAUGCCCUGAAGGAGAACGACCCAUCCAACGUGAUCCUCUUCUUGGUGGGCUCCAAGAAGGAUCUGAGCACGCCAGCACAGUACAGCCUGAUGGAGAAGGACGCUCUCAAGGUGGCUCAGGAGAUGCAGGCAGAGUACUGGGCUGUCUCCUCACUCACUGGGGAGAAUGUGCGGGAUUUCUUCUUCCGAGUGGCAGCCCUGACCUUUGAGAGCAGCGUGGUGGCCGAGCUGGAGCGCGGCAGCAACACCCGCAGGAUCGGCGACACCGUGCGGAUCAGCAGCAAGGAGAGCGACCUGUACCUGUCAAUGCCCCGCAAGAAACCCAAGUGCUGCCAGUGAGGGGACAGCCCCAGUCCCCUCCAUGCUCACACCAAAGAGGGGCGACCCCGGCCGGCCCCGAGGAGACGUCCCUGCCUCCCUCAGCCUCCCCUGGCC